CAUCACCUCAUUGUUGAAAGUGAGGCAGCACUCUCCAUGGCAACCACAGCCCUCUAAGGCUGUCGCUGCUAAUCCUCAGGAGCUUACUCAAUUCUCGUAAGAGGGUUUUACUAGCAGCACCAAUGCCCAAGAAUUCUCCCCAAACAAGCGCUGGAUCUUCUGUUUAUCCUCCGAGGAAAACCUUUAUCCGAGGAGAAAAACAAACCUAGUUACAGCAGCUGAGAGGGGCAGAGGGGAAAACGGUAGGCCCGGAUCACCCGGUAAGCUUUUUUUCAUCUAUUCGGUCUCAGGUGUUAGUGUAGCACAAACAAUGAUUUGUCCUCUUGUUGCUGGGUUGAUUUGACCUGCAGGGUGUCCAGUGUGGGAGGAUGCUGGGAAGCUCGGCAUGUUUUGCUCUGUAUGUUUGAUCCUCUGUGACUCACAGAUCAUGCCUAAUAAAGACAACCCCUUAGAUUUGAUGGUGCGUUUAUUCGUGUGUGGCUCGUAGUCAGCAUGCUACAUGCACACACUCACGACCAGCUACUGCCUUUCUCCUGAACAAUUCAUGCUGCUAAAUAAGGAAACUGGUUCAAUCUACAGACCAUGACAGAAAUCGACAGUUUUAAAAACACUCAAGGAAUUUAUGAAAUCGAUACACAGCUAAAGAGGUAUUAAGGUUUUGCAGUCACCUCUGUGUGACCUGCCCAUCACUUUAGGGGAGCUGCUUUUUUCCAGAUGUUGAUCUCUGUCUGUCUGAGCUAUGGCUUUACAUUAGCAAUGCAGUUUUCCUUGUUACUGCCUUUUCUCAAUACUAAUUAUUUUCUCCAUGGUCUCCCCCUUUAUGCCCCCUUCUCCCUGCCCCUGUGCUCUCUUUCACUUGCCUGCACUAAUCCUUUUGUUGUGGACUGGGGCCCAGGCUCUGCUUGACCAUUCGGCACUGUAAGGGCUUUUCAGCUGAAGGGUGCCCAUCGAUCCCUCCUGUCCUCCAUCAGAUCAGUCCUGCGUAUUAACGCCUCCCUCAGCGAGGACACAUUGCUGCUUUUCUUUUAUAGAAGCUUUCCGUUCCCUGCCGUCAUUCACCUUGAGUCAAGCUUCUCUCCCAGUUUUCUUGUGUAUGCUUUAUGUCUAUCACCUCCUUGUUGUCUCAAUCUCUUAGCCAGUCCUCGGAGCUUGAGGGAGUUGGACCGUGCUGGUAGGAACAUGCACUUCAGGAGCAGUGCUCUAUGUUUGCUGCUGCUGCUAUGUCUGUGUGUGCUCGGGAGAGUGCUGGAAGUGGAAGGGCAGGAGCAGGCGUACCUGUCGGAAGCUCUUGGGGCUUUGAAUCUGCCCCUGGGGAUGGAGGAUGAGCCUCGGCUCCAGAGGAACAGAACCAAUGUCCUGAUCACCACACUGCUGCAUGCAGUGCACUGUGCAGAGCGGACUGGCAUGCCUCAGGACAUGUGUGAGAAGUGCCUAACACCAGACGUAGCCCUCUCUGUGCUGGAGGAUGAUGAGAAGACUUAUCUCACUGAGGAGGACUACCAGCAGAUCUCAACUGUCCUGCUGUAUUACAUAAUUAACUUGCAAGAUCUGUGUGUAUCGAACGUUGCCUCUCCAUCCUCCCUUUCCUCUCCAUCUGCAAACUUUCAAUUUUACCUUCUGGCCCUCACUAACCUACAUCCAGCUGAGGAUAACCUCUUCCUGUCAACAAGUGAAACAGAAAGUAUUCUGCAGCUCAUCAGCCAGCACUAUGGCCCCUCUAACCAAGAUACCGUGUCUGAUUUGCAAUGUAUUGAUGCAGCUCGUCUCCUGGAAGAUAUUGACGUUAAGGGAAAUCCAGGUGCUGCAGCGUCUAGGGUGCCCAGACUGGCUGCAGCAAUCAUCAGCCAUAUUCUGCAGGGCCACUGUUUCAGAUGGCGGAACCUCCCAUCCCCUGCCUUCUUUACAGACUAUAUCUUUCAAUCUCUAAAUCGCACAAGUAACCUACAGAUUAUAGACUUGGAGGAGUUACUUCAUCAGCUGGGAGUAGGACAGGAAGGAGUGAGACACUCUCAUGACAGGAAGAGGCGGGGCAUCACAGAACGUUCACAGAAGGUGGACAGCUGCAACCCUGAAUCUGAAGGAAAACGCAGAGAUUGGUCACAGGUGUGUUUUUCAGCCAAUCAGUUGGUAGAUAUUUUUGCUCUGGAUCCUCAUUUGCCAAUUUCCAAGGAGCACUUCAGACAAAUUUGCCCGGCCAUCAUUCAGCAGUUGCUAGGCAAUGCCUGUGAGCCUGCAGAGGAAAAAACAAGAGGAUCUCUACCCACUGCGGUCGAGAAGUACGGCUACAGUACAGCUGCAGUCCUGCUCAUCACGGUGGGCUCCAUGUUUGGUAUUUGCCUGAUCUUCUUCAACUCCUGCCAGGAGACCUACAAUCUCAUCCUGCAGCUGUUUGUGGGCCUGGCAGUGGGAACCCUCUCUGGAGAUGCCCUCCUGCACCUCAUACCGCAGAUUCUUGGUCUCCAUGACGACACUCACAGCCAUGAUGAUAAACACUACAUUGCAGAAAAAGACUAUUUGUGGAAGAUUCUGGGCAUGAUCGCUGGGAUUUACGGCUUUUUCCUUAUUGAAAGAAUAUUCUCCUUUCUAGUUCCUUCUCACGGCCAUGGUCACUCCAGUGACCUUCCCUUAGAGCUGAACUGCAACGGUCAGUCACAGAGGGGCAAAUCCAUCUCCACCAUACAGCUGGGACCAGUGGAGGACUUUGAGUGUGCAGACAUAUCUCCUGAACAUGCAGAUACAAGGAGGCCUUCACAUCAGAGACAAGGGCUUUCUCUGCUGGCUGUGAUGGUAAUUGUGGGAGACAGUCUUCAUAACUUUGCCGACGGUCUGGUGGUCGGGGCGGCUUUCUCCUCUUCAGCCGAGACUGGCAUGGCAACCACUGUGGCCAUCCUGUGCCACGAGAUCCCGCACGAGAUGGGGGACUUUGCAGUGUUGCUCAGCUCUGGACUCUCAGUGAAGACUGCCGUGUUAAUGAACUUCCUCAGUGCUCUGACAGCCUUCAUGGGGCUCUACAUCGGACUCUUUGUUUCCUCUGAGAUAGAAGUACAGCAGUGGAUCUUCUCUGUUACUGCUGGGAUUUUUCUCUACCUGUCACUGGUAGAAAUGCUUCCAGAGAUGAGUCGGGUGAAGAGCGACAGACCGUGCCUCAUGUUCCUCCUACAGAACCUCGGCCUCCUGAUGGGUUGGUCCUGCCUUUUGCUGUUGGCGCUCUUUGAACACGAACUUAAAUUCUAAACGCAGUUGUACAUCUCUUCCUGCAGGGUUUAGCCGAAACAAACUUGUUCUACCGUUUUUUAAAAACUUUUAUUGACUUGUUAAUUAUCGUGUUCUGCUCUGUACACUUGCAAGUGUUAGUUUGUGCAACCAGUAUGCUUUAACAAGUCAUUAUUUCUGAACAAGUGAGUGUUUCAUGGUGUUGUAGUCUCAGCACUGGAUCACAAAUAUAUGUCAUGUAUGGAGGUAUGAAGCCUUUCUUUUUUAUACUUGAUGAUUUAUUUUUGUAUGUUAGAUAUAUUGGGUGCCUGUAUCUAGACGCUAAAUGUCUAGUUUGUAUUCUUAUUUGGCAGCAGCAGGUGCAAUCAUGCAUAUUUGUUAUGUGAAAUAUUGAUGUUGCCUCAGACAAUCAAAUCAUUGGAUUUUGGAAUCAUUUAUCCACCAUGAAGAUAUAAAAUAUUGUAAAUCUACAUAUUUUACUUUCUUUUCUAAUAUAGCUAUUGUCAGUGCCUCUAAAUUGAUGGAAAAGGAAACUUGAAAAUCAAUGAAUGAACUUGGAUUUUGUUGUUUUUGUAAAUUUUCUUAUUAUAUAUAUAUAUAUAUAUAUAUAUAUAUAUAUAUAUAUAUAUAUAUAUAUAUAUGUAUAUAUUUAUUGUUUAGAUGAGGUCUGUGAUUUCCACAUGUAAUUUAUGGGAAAAACAGAAACGGUGUCUAAUUAGCACAUUUCAGUAAAAUAAAUUCCAAAUAAAAGGGACAGUUCAGUGUUGUAAAAAAAAAAACCACCUGAUUUUGAGUCAACCUUUAGUUUUUUCAAUAUUUUUUCUAAUAAUAACCAACAAAUUAAAUGCAGUAGUGCUUCCCAGGAAACUGGAGAAAUUAUGAGUAAAUUGUGUACGCCCAUUGAGCAUGACCUACAUCUGGACUACUUAUAAAUAUACAAAACCUGAUUGGCUUAAUGAGAAACUCUAAUAUUAGGUACAAAGAAAAGCUCUUUGUCAGGCAUAAGCUGCUCUCAAAUACAGUUAUUUUUGAGGGCCCGUUUCGAAAAACGUUUCUCCCUUUCAGCUUCUCAUCUCAGAGGCAUUGUUCUUUGUUUUUGAGGCCUCUCUGUGAUCCAAUAUGAGGGCACUUCCACCCACCUGGGGUACUUGUUCUCUUCAUCCACCAACCUGGAUGACUAAUGCUCGCUGCUGUACAAGACAGAAACUCGGCAUCGAUGCGACCCACACAGUGCACACGCUCUUUACCGGUCAGAGUGGGCCUGCAGGAGGAGGUGGAGGAAGAAGAGAAUAUGAUGAAUACAUCAACACAAUGAGAUAAAUGAAAAACAGUAAAUCAACUUAUUUGCACAUAAAAUUGGAUUUGUGAUACUGAAAGACUGUGUGGGCUUAAAAGAGGAUUUUUGUCCUUUUUUUUAAUCAGCUCGCUAUGAUUAAAUUCGGGUGCUCGCAGCAUCAACAUAUUUCUGUAAAAUUUAAGCAAACAGCUGUCAAGCACUUAGCUUCAUUGCACAGUUUUCAUGGUGAUUAUGCUAAUUUGCCAUGCUAGGCUUAUUAUCAGACUGCAAAGUCAGUUCUAUUGACAGUGUCAUGAGAUUAUUUGGCUAUCAUGUCAGAAAAAGCUGACACCAUUUACUGUGACUUCCCGAGUAACGUCCAAACAAUAGAAGGAAGUCCAUUGGAUUUUCUCUUAUUCUAGCAAUUUUGCUGUUAUUUUAGAAAUGCCGACCCCUUUGGCAUUUCCAGGAAAGCUUCAGGCCUACUUGUUUGUGUGUAAAUCUGCUCUUUUGCACCAAAGAGGCAUUUUUUUUUGGCUUGUGAGCAUCUUUUCAAGGCAACUGCUGCCAGGAGUGAGGAAGGAAGUGCUUUUAUCUGGGCCAUGCUGGUGUGAACACUGAGUAUCCUUACUUGCUCAGCAGAGACCUGCCAGGAGAAGAGUUCAGCUCGGGUGUCAUCAGGGCAGCAGAACACACAAACAAUAGGAAAAGCUAAGAGGGAGACAGAACAGGAAAUAUAAGAAUGUUUUCCCUUUGAUUCAAAAGGCUCUGACUGGAAAUAAUGCUUUGCACCUGUUGUUGUCGCAUUUUUUCCUUGAAUAUGAGUGAGUAUCCUCAAUAUUUCAACGUUACUGAAUCAUCUUAUUUUCAAGAAAUCAAAAAUCAUGAUUAUCAGUCUGAAUCCACACAUACAUAGAUUCACAUGCAAUUAUCAUCAAGGGUAAAAUUACAUUCCCACCCACACAGAGUUAUACAUAAUGCACACAUACACAUGAGAUAAGUGUUGUAACUGUUCCUUGAAUACAUGAAUGCUGACGGAAUUUGUGUCUCUAACCAAUCUAAAUCACCUUGUAAACUGAGCUCCAUAUUUUGUGGAAUUGUUUUGCUUUGUCUCUGUCCUCUGGCAUUGUUGUAUUAAUACUAAGGUAGUAUUUCAUUA